AAAAUCGCGGCACUGUGGAAUGGAAUGGUUCCGAUCCUCACUGCCAGGAUGUGGAUGACUGUGCUCGACGUGGGAUCUGUUUCCACGAGGUUGAAAUCGCGGGGAGUUGUCACCAGAAGCGGUAGAUGAGUUGAGAGCGAGUGCUGGAUUUGAAUGAACGCUGAUGGCUAUGGUCGAUGGAUUGCAUCAGUUGCGUGAUCUCGUUCUGUGUUAGUGGGGCUCUGAGAGAUCCUGGGUCCCUUGAACCAGUCGUGGGACAGCGGAGCCUGCGGGGCCUGCUUGAUUGAUGCAUUCAUUGGUGGGACAUCCUUGGCUGCCGAUUGAGUUACUCAUGUGCUGAAUUGCCCACAUUUUCCUAAGAUUUGCCUGGUUUUUCUGAGGUUUUAUCGCGGUGAGGGUGAGUAGAGAGUAUAGAAUUCGGUAGAAAUUCGCUACUUGGACUUGGUAGUGGUUGAAGUUUUCUUCCCUUCGUGGUUGGCUGGGUGUGUUUUGCGGAGAAAGCCCGAGGGUCGGUCUGUUUACAGGCUGGAUAUGAGUGGUUGAUUCUGAUUUCAGAAUUCUGCACAUUGUACUCAGUCGCGAGAGGGUGUUGGUCAUGAGCCGCUGACACCCCGACAUUCUCAAAGCUGUCUGUGCUGCGGAAACUUAAAAAGGGGUCUGACGAAUUUGGAGUGGAUUGUGGGUGUGAUUGUGCGACUGCGAGGGUUUAGAGCAGGGUGAUGGGUGGUUUUGAUAUGUAGAUUGGGAUUUGGGGUCAGUAUGGGGGACCAGCUUUGAUGUGGAAGCAAAGCAAUGUGAUGAAAGGACAUAAUUUUUUGAAGAACUUGGAAUUUUUGAGCUUCCACUAUGAGGAACUCGUGACAUUUACUAGAUCUACGGCAUGGCGCAUUCUGUACUUUGUUGUUUGUUGAGUUGCUUGGCAUGUGAGCCUGUCGAGAACAGAGCAGAGAAGAAGAGCUUCGCUAGGGUAAAGAUGGGCAAGGCAUGGCUGGCGCCCAUAGCCUACUUGAUCUCCUCUACAUCGCUCAGCAUCGUGGGGUUGGUGGGAAUUGCCAGACGUAGCAGCCCUGAGUCGGUGCCAAAUCUUUACGCGGGGCUGCUUGUGUUUGGUAUAAUGGGAAUGCUGUUGUCAAUUCCGCUGAUCGAGAAGGUAUGGCAGAAGCAGCGGAGGCGAGAGUACAAGGAGAAAAUAAACAAAGAUGCCGAGAAGAUCACGACUUGGGUGCAACCACCGCCGUGGUCCCGUACUGCUAGUUCGUUGUGUCAAGAGCUUGGAGUUCGUCCCGCGCUUGGUUUAUCAACGACGGAAGCCUGCGACAGGUUACGUGAGCACGGAGAGAAUCGCAUUGAAACUCCUUUGCUUCCGAAUUACUUUGGAUUCUUCGUGAAGGAAAUUUACGAGCCUACUCAGCUGCUGCUAUUAUGCGUGGGCGGAUUGUACGUCAUGUUCGGGGGCUUGGAAGAAGGCGCAACCGCCUUCAUAGUUAUAUUCCUCCUGGUCAUUGCGGAAGUUGGAACGGAAUGGCGUGCGAAGCGAGCGUUAGCAGCGCUGAAGCUCUCUACUCCCCGGGACGCAGCAGUCAGACGCAAUGGUCAGCUCCAGAUGAUUGCCGCCAAGGAUGUGGUUCCGGGUGACAUCGUCCAACUCAGUGUUGGCAUGGAGGUGCCUGCAGAUGUCCGAAUACUGCAAUCACAGUUUCUUGAGGUCGACGAGUCCAAGAUGACGGGCGAAUCGAUUUCUGUGCCGAAAGACCCUUUCGCUCUUCAUCCUGAGAACGCGUCUCUCUUCGAAUUGACUAACAUUGCCACUGCAGGGAGUCUGGUGACAAAGGGCAAGGGCACUGGUAUUGUCUACCAAACAGGUCUUGCAACAACCUUAGGUCAAAUCCUUGCGCGCUCACACAAAGUGAAAGACAAGAAGACGAAGCUGCAAAUCGGCUUGAAAGAAGUCGCAUGGGUACUGAGCAUUGCAGCAUUAGUGUCUAGCGUGGUGGGUGCACUGCUCGGUUUCGUGAAGCAUAUGCGUUGGCAAGACAUUCUUCUCUCAGGUCUUAGUCUAGCCUUUGCCUCUAUUCCCGAGGAGCUUCCUAUCCUCAUCGCUGCGGUGUUGGCAGUUGGAAGCCAAACUCUUUCCCGCAAGAACGUGUACGUGAAAUACCUUCGAGCAGCGGAAAAUCUAGGAUUUGUGGACACGGUGAUUACGGAUAAGACUGGCACUCUCACGGAGAAUAAGUUGCGGCUUCAUUCGAUGCACUUUGGAGAGUGCCUGGUGCCUGCGGAUGAGGUUGCCACUAGAGUUGCAGAGGGCUAUGAUGCGGCAGGAUUUGAAGCUUUACUUACGGCUUGGGUCUUCAUGUCAGAGAUUGGGGACGGAGCCAAUGAAAACAAGGAGAAUGAGAUUGCCGUCGUGCAUGCGAUGGUUGAAGGGAAUGAGCCUGGGGUCCUCCCUACUGAAGAGGUCGUUGAUGAGAUUCAUUUAGAUAUGAUUCCGUUGACGGGAGCUGUGGAACUUGAACGCACUGAUAGCAGUUCACCUCAAACUUCCGCUACUGUCGUAGGUGGGGAUGCCUUUGACCAUGCAAUACUAGGAGGGCUUGGUGUUACACGGCUGAAAAUGGCAAAUUCAGCUCCUGAGCUCGUUGCUAAAGACUCUGAAAUUGAGCAUCAUUUCCAAGCAGUGCAAGUUGCCAAGGCAGAAGCUAACUUAUCUGAUGAGACCCCGUUUUGUCCAACACUGAAGUUUGCCUCUCGUACAUUCAGCAUGCUCAAGGAUAGGAGAGUUAAUUCGGAAGUACCGAGUGUGCACCGGGUGACGUACAUGAAAGGCGCCCCUGAGCUUCUUCUAGAGCUUUCCACAUAUGCACUAGAAGACGGAAGGUAUGUAUUAGUUGAAAAUAUGCGGCAGCAGCUAGAGGAGCAGAUAUGGGGCGCCGCAUCAGCAGGCCUUCGUCUCAUUGGGUACGCUCAGAGCGUAACCCACAGAUCAGAGGAUGUAGCAAACAAGGCGCGGGGAGAUCCAAGCUCCGUCACAGCCAUGGAGGGGACAACGUUCCUUGGAUUCAUGGCCUUCCAAGACGCAGUGCGGCCAGGUGUGGCCGAGGCAGUGGAGACUUGUCACCAAGCAGGUGUUCGGGUGAUCAUGGUGACGGGUGACCAUCUUAAGACUGGACUUUCUAUUGCGUCUGCUUCGGGAAUCCUUGACUAUGAAGGCUUUGAAGGAAGAGAAGACGUCGCUGGUGUUUCCUGUGCAGAUGUUCUGUUGCAAUGCAUGGCAGAAGAGGAAAUCCAGAACCUUGUUGCAGAGACGUGUGUCUUUGCCCGUACUACUCCAAAUGACAAGCUGAUUAUACUGGAAACACUUCAAGGGUCUGGGAAGUGCGUCAUGGCUACUGGCGACGGUUUUAAUGACGCUCCGAUUUUAGCAAAAGCGGAUGUGGGAGUGGCAAUGGGGAAAGGAACAGACGUGGCGCGUGAGGCAGCCUCGAUUGUAUUCGUGGACGACAAUUUCGCAAUGGUGCCGUUUGCGCUCGCAGAGGGGCGGCGGUUGCUUGCAAAUUUGCGGAAGGCGCUAGCUUUCUAUUUGGGUGCUAAGAUUGGCCUGAUAAUGCUCUUCAUCAUCGGAACUUUGUGGAAAAGCUUUCCCCUGAGCGCUAUUCAGAUCAUAGUACUGGAGCUUUUCAUGGACUUGGGUGCUAGCACAUCCUUUGUGAUGGAGCCAGCCGACACAGACAUCAUGCGUAGGCCACCUCUUGAUUCAACCAAGCGUUUCUUCAACCGUGAGAUCGUUGGGGGCAUUCUUGUCUCAGCCCUGUGCAUGAUAUUCACCGUUCUUGUGAGCUUUGCAUAUGGUGUUUACGUCCAUCCUGAGACUGCGCAAUCCAGUGCCUUCCUGGCUUGGCUACUUGCUCACGUGUUAUUGGCCUUGAAUUUGCGGACAUUUCGGGAACCAGUGUAUUAUAAAGGGUUUUUUUCGAAUCCUGCAAUGUGCGUUUGGCUUGUGGCUGCCGUUGGCCUCGCUGCAACAAGCUCAGUAUCGGCGUUGCUGAGACGCCACUUGAAGCUGGAGGUUGUGCCAUUGAGGCAGUGGUUGGUAUUAACUGUCAUUUGUGUUUGCGGUACAUUUUGGGUGGAGAUGGCAAAGAUUAUCUCUGCACGAAGGAGUGCCGUUAUUUCGGAUCAUGCCGAUAAACGGGAGGAGCAAACCUCCUUAUUGGCCGCACCUUAAGAGGUUUUCUGGAAGGUUGCUGUGCCACAAAAUGUACUUAUCAUUGUUAGUUCAGUAGAAAAGAUAAUUGUCCACGAUGCCUCGAUGGGAGAAAAAACCCAACAAUUUACUCUUUAGGACCUUAUACUGUACCUUGAAAUGAAUGCCAUCACAGAAGGUCAUAGAUUCUUAUCAUUGCUAGAGAAAUGUUUAUACAAGUGUAUUUUAUUUAUGAAUUAAUUUGUAGACGCACUGAAAGCGUCGAUGUUUUCAA